AAAACGGAAGUCGUUUUAAUUCUCCCUUUCUCGGCGAUAGUGAGAUCGGAAAAGGAGGAGCAAUGGAUCAGUUCUCGGGAGGAGGUAAUUGGUCGAUGAUCCAGAACGUGCAGGCGCAGGGUAACUACGGUACACCUACGAAUCAAGAACAUCUAUUCCUCCAGCAACAGCAGCAACAACAACAGUUUCAUCAUCAACAACAACAACAGACGCAGCAGCAGCAAUUCCAGGCACCACAACAACAAGAAUUGCAAUUCCAGCAAUUUCAACAACAACAACAAUUUAUUCAACAGCAGCAAUUCCAUCAACAACAACAACAGCGUCUGUUACAUUCUCCUCCGCCUCCGUCUUUGCAAUCUCCUCCUCCGCCGCCGCAGACGGUGGUUCAUACGCCGCAAUCGAUGAUGAAUACUCCUCAGCAGCAACAACAACAAAUGGUGCACACUCCGCAGCAAUCGGUGCAGACUCCUCAGCAGCACCAGUCGUUGGCUUCUCAUUUCCAUCUCUAUCCGCUGGUGGAGAAAUUGACCGAUGCGAUCGAAACUGGAACACGAGAUCAGAAUUCUGAUGCCCUGGUGGCUGAGUUGAAUAGCCAUUUCGAGAAGUGUCAACAGCUGUUAAACUCGAUUUCUGGAUCUCUAGGAUCUAAAACUAUGACUGUUGAUGGCCAAAAGCGAAACUUAGAAGAAAGUGAGCAAUUGCUUCAACAAAGAAGGGAUUUGAUUGUGGAGUAUAGGAAAUCUAUUGAAGAGCUAGUGAAGAUUGAGCCUUAGUUCCAUAUUUCUCCCAAGAUGUUUUGAGUAUUCAUUUACUCUUACUCUGCAGUUUUUGCUGCUAAAGACCAAGAAUUGUAAUCAAUAAACCAAUUUCACAGAAUAAGAAGUUUUUUUUCUCUC